AGAAAGUGGCCUCUUGUCUUCCCACAACCCAGGAUGCCCAGGCCCUCAACUGAACUUGAGUUCUGUGGCCUGCGGUGCACUGUGCAUUCCCGCCUUGCUUUCUGGAGCCUCUUGGCCGGCUGUGCAAACAGAUCUGAGGACCGGCCACCCUGCUCCGUGCACUCACCGUCAGCAGAGAAACUGCCCUACACGUGCAAAAGGGGCUGCCGGUGCGCAUCUGUCUGCCACAUCUGCCUAUGCCUCAGAUGUGGGCGCUCGGGAGCGCCCAGAAAAGAGCCCUGCUCCAGGGUGCACCGGAGUAAAAGUCCCUCGCAAUUUCCGCCUGUUGGAAGAACUCGAAGAAGGCCAGAAGGGAGUAGGAGAUGGCACAGUUAGCUGGGGUCUGGAAGAUGACGAAGACAUGACCCUUACCAGAUGGACAGGGAUGAUAAUUGGGCCUCCAAGAACAAUUUAUGAAAACCGAAUAUACAGCCUUAAAAUAGAAUGUGGACCUAAGUACCCAGAAGCGCCCCCCUUUGUAAGAUUUGUAACAAAAACUAAUAUGAACGGAGUUAAUAGUUCUAAUGGAGUGGUGGACCCAAGAGCCAUAUCCGUGCUAGCAAAGUGGCAGAACUCCUAUAGCAUCAAAGUCGUCCUGCAAGAGCUGCGGCGCCUGAUGAUGUCUAAAGAAAACAUGAAACUCCCCCAGCCUCCGGAAGGACAGUGUUACAGCAACUAAUUGAAAGCCCCGCCCCUCGAUUUCCGGGCCUCCAUCUUCCACAGUAGUCAGUUUCUAGAUCCGUCUGUAGACCUUCAAGUACUGGAAAGGAAGCUCCCAUUCGAGGCAGUUCAUCCUAAGACACUGUACAUGAUACUAAUUCUGUCCGUUUGAAAUAUAUGAGUUGUACUAUAACAGAC